AUGUCUAUCAAUUUGCAACAAGAGAUUCAAAAAUCAAAAGACUAUGUCAAUUCGAUAAAGGACACCAAGCGCAAUCUGAUCUUUGUUCAUAUACCCAAGACUGCUGGAAGCACCAUUGAAGAUGUGGGCGCAAAACAAGCCAAGCUGUCGUGGGGUUCGUGUCGUUUCAAUCAUCGACCCAAACGUGCCUUGUGCAAAAAACCAAUAAUGCUGUAUCCCAACGAAUUUGAAUGGCCAAUGAAGGUGGGCUAUUGGCAUAUACCACCCUACUAUUUUCCGCUCAUGGGAAGCAAUCCCUACAAGAACGUCGAUCUCUUUGCGAUUAUCCGAGAUCCAUUUGAAAGGCUCCUGUCGGAAUUCUACUAUGUAUGUCGAAAAAAGCUGAAACCUCAGUAUUGGGAUAUCAUCGAUUGCAAUCGUACUCGAGUUCAUGAGCCUGAAUAUCUCAAUUAUUGGUUACGGCGAGAAAUCAACAACAGUAAACCUUCUCUUCAAGUGACGGCGAGUGAUUUGCUCUUUCGUAAUGGACACUACACGCCACAGUAUGACUUUAUUGUGUCAUCACCAGAUCAAGUGAGAAUGGUAGACUACGUUAUGCAUAUGAAGAAUCUAAAUGAUGAGUUUCAGCCGUUAAUGGAUGCGUAUGGUAUCAAUGCGGCAAUGCCUCCUCGAAAGGCAAAUGUCGCUCAUGAGGAACGAGACUUGUCUGCUGAUCACCUGGAGGAUGCUACCAAUGCAUUGAUAAAUGAUCGGUAUGGAAAAGAUUUCGAGCUAAUGAAAGCUCAGCGGAAGGAAACGUCAUGA